AUGGCGCCUGGGCGCGCCGCCCCUGCGCCAGCCAAAGGCGCGCCCCUUUGGAAGGCUUGGAUCGUUUUGAUGGGACGUAUCCGAGGACAGCCCAACCUCACAACCGAGCAGAAGGCUUGCAUCGCCGGCAUGGUUGAAGCCGGGAUGUCUCAUGGUCGAGUCGCAAGGAUUGUGGGCUCCGGACAAACAACGGUCUCUUCGAUCGUUUCACGGGCUCGGACUUGUGGGACCGUCGAAACCGCUGAGAAGAGCGGCCUCGAUCGAAUAGCGAAAUAUGUCAGAAAAUAA